AUGUCGUCUACCAACGCUGAAAAGCGCCCGGAGUCCUCUCCCUCCGUUGAGGAGCCACAGCAGGAGGCCAACCCGGGCUUCUUUGGCCGCAUCAAGCGGUCUUUCAACGGCGCCACCAAGUCCGGUCGUCGAGAGGCUCAGGCUAAGGCGCUUGCUGCCGAACUCGAGCGUCAGCGCAACAUUGACCCUCGUCCCUUCCCCUUGCGUCCCAUCGAGCUCGCUGACCUUCUCGACCCCAAGAGCGUAGAGAAGCUUCGCGACUUUGGCGGUGUCAAGGGCCUUCUCGCCGGUCUUGGCACCGACGAGCACCGCGGUCUCGACCUCGGUGGCACAAAGUCCAUCGAGGCUAGCCCUGACAGCGCUGCUCCUGCUGCUAAGCACGACCUCGAGAGACACUCUGCUUCCGAUGAUGCUGUUACCAGCCGCGACCCCAACUUUGUCCAUGCCUCCGAGGAGGACCGUAUUCGUGUUUUUGGUCGCAACCUCCUUCCCGAGCGCAAGUCCAACAGUCUCCUCCUUCUCAUGUGGCUCGCACUCCAGGACAAGAUCUUGAUCCUUCUUUGUGUUGCUGCCGUUGUCUCCCUUGCCCUUGGUAUCUACACCAAGUUCGGUGUGCCACCCGAGCAGGUCUCCUGUGUCCGUGGUGGUAUCGAGACCAUCUGCCAAAUCGAAUCCUACGAAUGGGUCGAGGGUGUUGCCAUUCUCGUUGCCAUCGUUAUCGUCGAUCUCGUUGGUUCCGUCAAUGACUACCAAAAGGAACUCCAGUUCAAGAAGCUCAACGCCAAGAAGGAACAGCGUGAUGUCAAGGUCAUCCGCCAGGGCAAGCCCGCCCUCAUGUCUGUCUACGAUGUUGUUGUCGGCGACAUUCUCCAGCUCGAGCCUGGUGAGAUUGUUCCUUGCGACGGUAUCUUCCUCCGUGGCCACAAUGUCAAGUGCGACGAAUCCGGUGCUACCGGUGAGUCGGACAUGAUCCGCAAGAUCCCUUACGACGAGUGCAUCCAGCACAUCCAAGAGGCUCGCCACAAAAACGAAAAGCCCAAGAAUCGCGACUGUUUCCUCAUCUCUGGUUCCAAGGUUCUCGAAGGUGUCGGAGAGUACCUCGUCAUCGCUGUCGGUCCUACUAGUUUCAACGGCAAGCUCAUGCUUUCCCUCCGCAGUGAUGCCGAGGACACCCCCUUGCAGUCCAAACUCAACCGUCUCGCCGAUCUGAUUGCCUGGCUCGGUUCCGCCGCCGGUAUCACCCUCUUCACCGCCCUCAUGAUCCGAUUCUUUGUCAACCUCGCCCAGGAGCCCAACCGCACCGCCAACGAGAAGGCUCAGGACUUUAUCCACAUUCUCAUUAUUGCCGUCACCGUUAUCGUCGUCGCCGUGCCCGAAGGCCUUCCUCUUGCCGUCACCCUUGCCUUGGCUUUCGCUACCAAGCGUAUGACCAAAAUGAACUUGCUCGUCCGUCUCCUCGGUGCUUGUGAAACCAUGGCCAACGCCAGUGUCGUCUGCACUGACAAGACCGGUACUCUUACCCAAAACGAGAUGUCCGUCGUUGCUGGUAGCAUCGGCGUCAACUUCAAGUUUGCCGACCGUCUCGAGGCCAACCGCAAACGUGUCGAGACCGAGCACGACUCUUCCCCCAACGGUGACACUCGCAUUGUCGAGCAGAGCGACCUCAACCGGUCCAUCAGCCAGCCUCUUCAGAGGCUCCUCAACGACAGCAUCGCCAUCAAUUCGACUGCUUUCGAGGAGGUCCACGAGCAAGCUGAUAAGGACGACGCCGUUAACCCCCUCGUUGCCGUCAAGAAGCAUCGUCUUUCGCCUCUCUUCAAGCGCAAAAAGCAAUCUGCCACCGCCCAAGUCAAGAAGGAGACCGGUUUCGUCGGUUCCAAGACCGAGACUGCCUUGCUCAAGAUGGCCAAGCAGCUGAGCUGGGAAGACUACCGUGCUUCUCGUGAUCGUGCCGAGGUCGUUCAGAUGAUUCCCUUCAGCUCCGAGCGCAAGGCCAUGGGUGUCGUUGUCAAGCGUCCCGAGGGUGGUUUCCGUGUCUACCUCAAGGGUGCCUCCGAGGUUCUUACCCGUCUCUGCACAAAGCAUGUCGAAGUCGGCUCCACUGACUCGGACAGCAUCCCUAUCCAGCCUCUUGACGACGCCAAGCUCGAAAAGGUCAACUCGACGAUCACCGCGUUUGCCAACCAGACUCUUCGAACUCUCGCCCUCGUCUAUCGUGACCUCGAAUCCUUCCCUCCCAAGGAUGCCCAGUUCGAGGAGUCUGGUGAGGUCGAGUACUGCUCGCUUGCCAAGGAUCUGACUCUUGUCGCUAUCGCUGCUAUUGAAGACCCUCUCCGACCUGGUGUUACCGACGCUGUCGAGGCCUGCCGUCGCGCUGGUGUCCAGGUCAAGAUGUGCACUGGUGACAACCUUCUUACUGCCAAGUCGAUCGCUACUCAGUGUGGCAUCUACACUCCUGGAGGUAUCGUCAUGGAAGGCCCCGUCUUCCGUCGACUCAACCGUACUGACAUGCUCGAGAUCGUCCCCAGGCUCCAGGUUCUUGCCCGUUCCUCGCCCGAAGACAAGAAGAUUCUCGUCGAGUCGCUCAAGAGUCUCGGUGAGGUCGUUGGUGUCACUGGUGACGGUACUAACGACGGUCCUGCGCUCAAGACUGCCAACGUCGGUUUUUCGAUGGGUAUCGCCGGUACCGAAGUCGCCAAGGAGGCUUCGGACAUUAUCUUGAUGGAUGACAACUUUGCUUCGAUUGUUUCGGCUAUCAUGUGGGGUCGUUGUGUCAACGAUGCUGUGCGCAAGUUUUUGCAGUUCCAGCUUUCCGUCAACAUUUCCGCCGUUGUUGUCACUUUUGUUACUGCCGUUGCCUCCAGCGAGGGUACUUCUGCACUCAAGGCUGUCCAGCUUCUCUGGAUCAACCUGAUCAUGGACACCCUUGCCGCUCUUGCCCUUGCUACCGACCCUGCCACUCCCGACCUCCUCGACCGCAAGCCUGACCGCCGCAACGCUCCUCUGAUCUCGACCGACAUGUGGAAGAUGAUCAUCGGACAGUCGGUCUACCAGUUCACCGUCAUCUUGGUACUUGACUUUGCCGGUAUGCGACUUCUCAACUUGACCAGCGAGACCGAGCUUUCGGCCAUCGUCUUCAACGCCUUCGUGUGGUGCCAGCUCUUCAACCAGAUCAACUCGCGUUCGCUGAACCGCAAGCUCAACAUCUUCAGCAACUUGCACAUGAACCCCUGGUUCAUCGGUAUCAUGGCUAUCGAGAUUGGAUUCCAGGUUCUCAUCAUGUUCGUCGGUGGUGUUGCAUUCUCGGUCACCAAGCUCACUGCUCGUGACUGGGGUGUUUGUAUCAUUGUUGGUCUUGUUUCGUGGCCUUUGGCUGUCAUCAUCCGUCUCACCCCCACUCAGCCUGUCGAGAACUUUCUGGUCAAGCUCCACCUCAUGCCCGACCCCAACGCUCUCCCUGCUCCCGUCACCGAGGGCGGCGAGGAGGACGACAAGCGCGCUCGUGCUCGCACCUUCACCGAAUGGCUUCCCGCUGUCGGUCAGGUUGGUGACCAGCUCAACUCGUUCCGCAGCAUCCGUGGUGGUCGUAUCGCCGCCACUCCUCGUAUCUACGAGUCGCGCGAACAGCAGCUCAAGCGUGCCAAGUUCGAGCACCAGAGCGUUUUGGCCAUGGUUCCCGGAUUCAUCGUUGCUGGUAUCGGUGGUAACUGGCGUUCGGACCCUGACUCGGACAAGGAGAAGUCGACCAAGUCUAAACCCACACAGGCUCCUGUCAACAACCUUCCCCCUGUCGACACUGCGACGCUGUACAAGGAUGGCAAGCUCACCUUCCACCCCGAGACCAACCAGGAUGAUGAUCUCUUGAAGAGACUCAAGUCUGGUGCUUGA